AGAUAUUCCACCGCGCCACAACACCUGCAAUCAACCAUCUUCACCUUCCCCAAAUUCUAAGACACACAUUCACACCUACACUCAUAAUCCAACAAAUCAUAUCAACACUUUUCAACUUAAAAUCUCACAUUUUGUUACAUUUUCAGAUCAAAAUCUUAUCUUUUUUAUUCCACUGUACAUAAUCUUGAUCUAGGGUUCUGCAGCCUUAACUAACCUGCAGAUUGAACUUUAAAGUCAACAACAACACACUUCUUUGAUCUAAUUGCCAAAUUGGGUGUUGAGUUGACUCCAUUUCUGACAUGGGUUUGACCUCAAGUUGAUUAAUUUCUUCAGUGGUGUUACAAAUUAUAAAAGAUUCUUGAUAAUGUCUUGGAAGAACAGAGGAGGGUCUGAAUCAAAUUCAAGGCGUUUAGUGUCAAAGAAAUUGACUUUGUUCUUGUGUGCUGGUUGUUUCUUUGCUGGAUUGCUCUUCACAGACAGAAUGUGGCCAGAUCCCGAAGCUAAAGGCCUAUCGAUACCGACCGGAACUGAAGAUGCCCAAAGUCGGUUAGUUUCAGAUGGUUGUGACCCAAAAUUGAAGGGUGUAAGGAGGGACUCCAAAGAUAUAAUCCGUGAAGUUUCAGAAACACGUAACGCCGUCCAAACAUUAGAUAAAACAAUUUCAAACUUGGAGAUGGAGUUAGCAGCUGCAAGAGCGUUGCAAGAUUCUAUACUUACGGGCUCCCCGGUAUCUGAUGAUUUAAUGCUACCAGAGCCCGUUAAGAAAAGAAAAUAUUUAAUGGUUGUGGGGAUUAAUACGGCUUUUAGCAGCCGGAAGAGAAGAGACUCUGUACGGGCUACUUGGAUGCCUCAAGGUGAUAAACUAAGGAAAUUGGAGGAAGAAAAGGGUAUCAUUAUGCGAUUUGUCAUAGGUCACGGUGCAACUUCUGGUGGUAUCCUUGAUAGAGCUAUUGAAGCAGAAGACAGAAAGCAUGGAGAUUUUCUGAGAUUGGAGCAUAUCGAAGGUUACCUUGAAUUAUCAGCCAAAACAAAAACGUAUUUUACUACCGCUGUUGCUUUAUGGGAUGCAGAUUUCUAUGUCAAGGUUGAUGAUGAUGUACAUGUAAAUAUAGCUACACUCGGAGCAACUUUAGCCAAACAUCGAUCGAACCCACGUGUGUACAUCGGAUGCAUGAAAUCUGGACCCGUACUCGCUCACAAAGGAGUGAGAUAUCACGAGCCCGAGCACUGGAAAUUUGGUGAGGAAGGAAACAAGUAUUUCCGGCACGCUACAGGACAACUAUAUGCCAUCUCAAAAGAUUUAGCCACUUAUAUAUCGAUAAACCAAAACGUGUUACACAAGUAUGUGAACGAAGAUGUAUCAUUGGGCUCAUGGUUCAUUGGACUUGACGUAGAGCACAUCGACGAUAGAAGGCUAUGUUGUGGGACACCACCUGACUGUGAGUGGAAGGCUCAAGCAGGGAACAUAUGUGUGGCUUCUUUUGACUGGAGCUGUAGCGGCAUUUGCCGGUCAGCUGACCGGAUCAAGGAGGUGCACAGGCGGUGCGGGGAAGGUGAAGAUGCUCUUUGGAGCGCGUCUUUCUGAUCAACGGUGUUGAUCAAAACAGAAAACAUAUAGCAUCCAUCUAAUUUUUUUUAUUUACACUAAAUAAAUGUUUGUAUAAAAAUGGCGAGUUUGAUGGUAAGAUGAAUGAGGGUUCUGUUCUGUUAUAGGUGAGGAAGAAGUAGCCAUGGAUUUCUUUUUUAUUUCAUGACUCAUGAGUAGAUGGUAUAUAUGUUUUUGUUACAUACCAUAACAUGUUAUAUGUGGUAGUCUUAAAGGCAGAUAGAUGUGUAAUAUGAGGUAUUUUUAAUUCCAUCAAAUCAAAAGAUGCCAUUGUCUUGUGAUG